CAAAGAGCAAUUUCCAGACUUCCCGUUUAAGAAUGGCGGCAUGGCCGGCGCCAUCGAGCUGAAACGACCCGUUGGCGCCCACUGCCACGGCGCCAAGUCCUUGGUGUGUGAGGACAGUGUGGACAAGAUGCUGGCCAAGAAGAAACUCUACAUCGCCUCAGCUGUCUGCCUCGUCUUCAUGAUCGGAGAGGUCGUAGGAGGCUACCUGGCCCACAGCCUGGCCAUCAUGACGGACGCCGCCCACCUCCUGACGGACUUCGGCAGCAUGAUGGUGAGCCUGUUCUCACUGUGGAUCUCCUCCAGACCGCCCACCAAGACCAUGAACUUCGGUUGGCACAGAUCAGAGAUCCUCGGGGCGUUCAUCUCGGUCGUGUCCAUCUGGAUCGUGACGGGGGCUCUGGUCUAUUUAGCCAUCGAGAGGAUCGUACGCAACGACUACGAGAUUAAUGGCCACGUAAUGUUGGUCACCUCCGGCUGUGCUGUCAUCGUCAACAUCGUAAUGGCCUACAUCCUCCACCACUCCACCACCUUCCACGCUCACGGCAGCGGUUACCACCACAUUGACGAGGACGGUCAGAGUCCCGUCUCUCACGGCCACGGCCACAGCCACGCGCUCCUCGGUGGCCACAGCAACACAAGUGUGCGAGCGGCCUUCAUCCACGUGGUCGGAGACCUGCUGCAGAGUGUCGGCGUCAUGGUGGCAGCGACCAUCAUCUACUUUCGGCCGGAGUACAAAGUUGCAGAUCCCAUCUGUACGUUCCUGUUUUCUGUCUUUGUCCUGUGCACCACCGUCACCAUCCUCAGAGACGUCUUCAGGAUACUCAUGGAAGGGUCUCCUAAAGGAAUAGAGUUCAACUCGGUGAAGGAGGUGCUGCUGUCUGUGAAGGCUGUGAAGUCCAUGCACUGUCUGCACCUCUGGGCUCUGACUCUGGGCCAGUCGCUGGUCUCCGUUCACCUGGCAGUAGAGGAGGGAACUGACCCACAGUCUGUGCUUCAUGAGGCCACUGAACUGCUCCAGACCAAGUUCGGUUUCCGCAGCAUCACCAUCCAGGUGGAGCUCUACUCUGAGGACAUGAGCCACUGCUCCCACUGCCAGGACCCCAGUGACUGAUGCUGACACCGAACCCGACUGGACCGGACGCAAAAAGGAACGUGGAGCGGCUCGGGCACAUUCUCAUCCUCCCUGGGCUUCCUCAGUCACAGCUGUACUCAAGACGCAGCCUCCCGGUAAAACAUGUAUAGAACGAGCUUUUGGUAGAUUGUUGCGUUUGCCAUCAAGUCACAAGAAAUCAGACGACAAAUCAUCCAUGUGUUGGUUGUCAAGUGCAGAUGCUGGUGCUCCAUGCUAGCAAGGAAUAUACCAAUCAAGUCCUCAUUAAAUAAUAUGCAACAGAGCCAUUAAACGAUGGAUGUGUCCAUUACAUUUGUCCGAGAAGUUCUGGGUUCUGCAUUGAUAUAAAUAUGACCAGCAGGGGUCCAUCACGAGCACCCUCUCAAAGCAUGGAGUUAAGAAUGGGAUAACAAGCUUUAAAAUGAAAUAUGAAAAGUCCAUUCAAAGAAUCCAGCCAGGUUUAUUUAUAUGCAACAAUUUCAGGAGAAAACAGAUUCUUGUGGUGCAGUCUGCCCGAGUGGGUGAUAUCUAAAAAAACACUGCCUGAUUUUUAGUAUUUCAUGUAAAAUGAAAGAAACUGCCAGACAUAGGAGCACGUGUCCUCAACUCCACAGAGCGACGCCUCCUGCUGAUUUUCUAACUUCCCUGGAAACGCAAAUCCGAAUAUAUAUCAGCGUGAAGCACACGGAGCAAUGGUUUCUACACGAGUGUGUUUCAGUGUGAGGAUGGAGCACCUGAUGCAAACAUCUGCCCGAGACACAUGGAUGACGUUGAUGUCUGUCGUUUUCAACUUUACCAAAUGAUCGUCUACCAAACUCUCACUCAACAGUCGAAUCAUCUUUGUUCCACUCGCCUGCUUCUUCCGCCAAAGGUCAGACAGGGAGCUCCGCGCUGCUGGUUGGUCCUUAGUGACAUUUUGAAAGAGUUUCAACCGCUGAAAAGUUCUCAUUGUAAACUUCUCUGUUAUCUGUAACCACACCGACUGACGUCCUUCAAUAAUACCUCUCUGCAAAUGUAAAUUUGCACUCACUGUUGCUUGUUGUUUUCGAGAGAUCACAGAAAGAGCGAGGGUCACAUCGUCCCCAAGUGGAGACACAAUAACACAAUAAAUCAAAGCCAUGAUGUCAAAGCAGCUUUUCCACCAAUACCAGACUUUUUUAACAAAAAGUCUGAGGGACUUGUAAACUUUUUUGAUUUGGAGGAGGCGUCGUUAAGUCUUCGUUUAAGUUCAAGAGGAAAAAGUAGAAAAGUCGAGGAUUUGGGUGAAAUGAUCCCACACACUGGCCUCACCCCCCCUUUAAACAUUUUACUGUAUUAUACUUCACGGGAUUCUGGCUCAAGUGUUUCUUCUAAUUCAGUAAAAUGUGAAGUGAACAUCGUGCCAAAGAUAAACCUCCAGCUCCAGCUCCGUGCUGGAAGCGUUGGUGGGUCAGCAACAUUAUGUUGUCCAUCAGUGAGCAUCUAGAUCUGAGUGUCAUCAGCGGAAACGUGAGGAUCGGUUGAUGUGUGGUAGAUUUUAGUUUCUGACGAAGCCGACAGCCUCAAAUCUAAUUUUAAGGGCUAUUUUCAGCGGAGGUUCUUUUGAUAGUUUUGUUGUGUUGCGGGUUUUCUUUGUGAGUUGAUAGUGAGCAGAGUAUCGAUACGAGCCGAGCAGGAGGACGGUGGAGUGAGUUAGGCCUCGGCUGGAAAAUCACUCUGAUGCUUCCAUCGAACGGACGAGUCCGAGGGGCAGAAGUGAUUUAGUCCUGCGGUCGGACGAUUAGCUUGAGAUUCAUCCAUCUCAUCUAUCUGUCACUCGUCCUGCAGCUUCAGUGGAAACAAUCCGUCUGCAGCGUCUCUCUGUUCCCCAAGAUCUCAUCUAUCCGUCCGCCCGUCUGUCCGUUUGGGUUUUUCAAGUCAAUCAACUACAGUUUUCAGUUACUUUGCAGUUUAAUGAUCCGUGAAGGGGAAUAAAUAUCUGACACGAAAUCUAAUAUAAAAUGGUGCUCGUGUAAAAAAACAACCUGUUCUGACCCUGUGUGAAAAACCGAUCCUGUAGGAGGAGUAAUGGUCAUCCUAUGAACAAAAUGUGCUUAUUUAAUUCCAUGGAAAACUGCCCUUCAGAUUGUGUUGCUGUGUGAAAGUGGACAAUGAAAGUUUCAUCCUCUGGUGACAACGAACAGCCUCAAGUUAACAGCUGAUCUGUCGUUGACUGAGUGGAUCCAUUUAGGAAAGGUUGUGUGAGGAGGUUCAUCCCCUGGGGAGCUGGAGUUUGCUUUAAUUCAAAAGUGUACUGAGAUAAUCAAGGUAGUAUUUGAAUGGUGGUAUUUUAAAAUAAAUGAUAAAGAAUAAGGAUUCAUCCUCUGGUCUCUGUACUCCCUCCCCUGGUUCUGGGUGGUACGGGUCAGUGUUUGGGAAUCGAGUAAUAAACAUUUUAUAAUUUGCACCAAUAAGAACAGCCCACGAGCCGGUCCACAUGCUUACAGUGUUGUUGAUAGUUGUUUUGGGUUUUAUUUUUCUCAAAGAAAGGACAAUAGGACAUAGUAAACACCUCGUCGACAUCCAUUCAGAUCCAAAUAACUUGCAUGGUUGUUUGCUGUUAACUAAUAUCAUGUACAGUCAAAAGUUUUCUUGUUCAACUGCCAAUCAAAAUGUGUUGAUAGACCAUGCGGGCGAUUAAUCGAAGAAAAAUGAUCUUCUUUAAAAAUUCUAUAUUUUCACCAUUUUUAAGGAUAAACUGUAUAUUUACAUAAAAAACCCUUUAAAGUCAUAGAAAAGCAGAAUAUGAGUGAAAACUAAAUGAAUGUAAUAAAGACCAAUGCAUUUCACUGUAGUUUGGAUGAACAUGCAAACUGGCUAAAGUGUCAAACUGCAGCUAAACUCUGAUAAAGUUCAUUAAAGUCCAGAAAUCCACCGUUCCUGUUUGUUCACCAUGAAAGUCUCCUGUCUGAGAAUGCUCUCGGUGUUGUGCUGUGACAAAUGUACGUCUGUGACCGUUGUAAAUAUGUCAAAUAUUGUGUAUUUUCUGUGUAUGAUUUUGUGUAUACUUGUGUAAAUACACUCACCUUCCUUGUACAAUCGGCCUCUAAAAAGUCCUGUUUGUCCGUGUGUGUUCUGGUCGUCACGUCUGUGAUGUUUGAUAUUUCAUUUUUAUGUGUGGCAAGAGAUUUUUGUAAAGUGAAAUAAACGACUGCAGAUGAUGGAGAGAGGCUGGAUUAUUUUUUUCGAGAGACCUGAACCACGCCGUGUUCUGGUUCUGUUUAAAUAACGAGUGAGUUAGUCCCUGAUGAAUUCUACUAAUAGACUUUGUGAUAAAAUAGUUUCCCCCAAAAUCAAGUGUGAAAUUAGAAUCUUAAUCAUUUAUUCAAAUAUAUUUCAUUAAAAAAAAACAGCAGACAGAAAAACAGAAUGAGAGCAGGUUCUGUCCAGUCUGAACCUUUUAUGAAUGACUAUAAAAUUAUCAUGACUGACAACGUCAUCAUGGUUUUGAUGAAAACUGAUCCAGAAACUGUAAAUUAAAUGUGGAAGUUAUCACAGAACAAUAAGCAUGUUUCAAACCUUUAACUGAACCUGAACCUGUAAAUAUUUAUAUCUAGUAGUUUUGUAGAUGCUGAAAAAAUAAAUUAUAAUAGUUUCACUGAGCUGCAGCUGCUAACGGAAUUAAAAUGUUCAACAGGUAAAGAAAAAAAAAAACAAACUCGGAAAAAGACCUUAAAACUUCUAAACAUGACAUCCAGCAAAGUUACAUUAAAAAAUAUUCAAGUAUUUCCGCUCAGUCACAGGCUGAGUUGUAGAGAAAAAGAAUCAAAUUCAAAAAUACACCAGCGUGAUCCUAACGACACCCUCGACUCUCCCCAGGCUGUGACUGAUGAUCUGAAACUCGACAGUGAGGCGGGGGAAGGGCAGGAGAACAGAACAGAAACGUUUCUUGUGUUCUCCUCUUCUCACAAAAGAGUCUUAAGGCGAAGAGUCUGGAAACAAAACCAGCCCGAGAGGUUUGUGAUCGCCCAACUGUGACAUUCUGUACGCUUCUGCUAAUAAGGCAAGAGACGUGAGAACGCAAUAUCACGCAGAUCACGAUGUAAUGUAACGUAAACACACGCACGGUGGCGACGUCACGGCAGAAAGGAAACUGGUUUUACCUCCGAAGUUGUUUUACAAGAAACUUGGUGAAAGGAUGGACGAAGAAAGAAAAGGUUGAGUGUUGGGGCAGGUGAAGGAUUCUUUCACUUCAACAUCAAGAGGUAGGUUGUUUUUUUUAAAUGUUUGACGCCACCGAUUCAUAGAAAAAUAUCAGAGUAUUCAGGGGAUUGAUCGAUGAACUCGGUCUUGAUUGAAUCUAAGGGGACUGUUGUUGUUGUUGUUGAGUUAUUGAUUCUUCGUCCAGAAUGACUUAUCUCACCGAUGUUGAGGAAGUAGAACAACGUUUAUGAGAAAAAGAAGAGAAGUCGUUUUCAUCCUCCUUUUUAAAUGGAUGUACUGUCAUUCCUGAAUUUAUCACCGUGGAACAAAGUGCAGCAGGUACUUACUUACUUUUCCUGAGGGUUGAUUUUUUUUUGUGAAAGUAAAUGAUAAUGAGCCUGAUUCUUAUUCCACUGCUGCCACCAGUCGACUCACUGCCAAACAAGAGAAACCUUAGCAAGAGAAACCCAACUUGAUCUACUAGGAAUCAAUAAUAAAUAGGUGUUUUAAACAAGGCACUGCCAACUGCUCCGACCGCCCGACGUGUAAAAAGAGUAAAACAAUAUGUCCGUGGGACGUUUGGUGCGGAGUAAAGCUCUGUUCUGUCUGCGGAGGAUAAACCUACCUCCGACACUUACAGGCAGAGUUCCCACAGGAACAGUUUCUUCUUAAAUUUAAAACUGCUGAUCAUUUUAAGCCUUUUGAAAUAUGAUCAAACCAGAAGAAUGAACAGUAAAUGUGCUAAUGACUCUUAAAAAAAUGCUUUUUUUCGUUUUGCAGGUUUCUUUCUUUUGCAGCCAAAGACUCGUGGGACGGUGGGAUCCACCUCCUGAC